AUGACAGAGCGGCGCCCGCCGCCCAAAAGGCUAGUUCAAUGUGAAGAGGCAAACUUUAUCAAAGAUUGUGCCAAUUCUAAUUUAUCGGUGGUUUUGGUUCAAACCAGUCAACGGAAACCGAUUCGGAUCAUCUUGUUGGCUGGUAGUGAUUGGAUUCAAACUAUGAGUGAACCGGGUUUAUGGGCAGAAGAGGAUGUAAGUUUGGGAUGA